AUGUGUUGUUUCACUAGACACGUGUUCUUCUUCCCCGUCGCAGCUGAGAAUGCAUAUGAAGCCCUCCGAGCCUUAAAGAUCCUGCAGCUCCGCACGGGUGGAGUGCGAGAGAUUGUAACGGAUCGUGCUUCUUACUUCGCUUCCCCGUCACUCUUCCAAGAGGAAGCGGCGCGGUUGUUGAAUGCCCACGUCGAGCUCACCUCGAGUCGGUCCCCUUGGGAGUUGGGCUCAGAAAAGCUCCACGAUAUCGCCGCUGACCGUCUGCGGGUGUUUUUGCGUCACUCUAGUGGUCGCUGGCCGGAUGACGCUUACCGAGAGCAAGAACUGUUGGAAGAAGUGAUGUUGAUUUUGAAUACGAGGCCCUUGGGUACGUACUAUGUUAGUGAAAAAGGUGCUGAUGUUAUCACCCCUGAUUCUCUCUACUUCGGCUAUACUCGUCGCCGAG